AUGACACGGCACUCUCGAAUGUCUGGUGGCUCUCCACAGCCCUCGGAGGGAGAGGAAAGCGGCGAACACGAUCACCACGAAGAAGGAGGUCUGCCACACUUUCGCCACCAGACAGCUCAUCUUCUAGUCGUGCUAUGUUUUUGUUGGGCCCAUGUGGAGUGUGGUUAUGAAAGAAGCGAAUCUACUAUGGACGGUUGUGUUACGAGUUGUGGAAAAAUAUUUCUCAAGUUAUUCUAG